GCUUGAGGGGGGAUGACUCAUCAUGCUUUGUGUUAUAAGCAAGUGAAUCGCUAACGAAGUAAAAUAACUCAGUCAAGCUGCAGCUUCAGGAUGAAGACCUUAGUAGUGUUCGACUUCGAUCACACUAUAGUGGAUGACAACAGCGACACAUGGGUGAUCCGCUCCGCUCCUGAGCAGACGUUACCGGACUGGCUGAAGAAGUCCUACCAGAGAGGCCGCUGGACCGAGUACAUGGCUCGAGUCUUGACCUACAUCGGUGACCAGUCCGUGCAGCCGGAGCACAUGCGCGCGGUGAUGGAGAGCAUCCCGUUCACCGACGGCAUGAUCGAGCUCCUGACCUUCAUAUCUGACAACAAGAAAGACAUCGACUGCAUCAUAAUCUCCGAUUCCAACAGCAUCUUCAUAGACUGGGUUUUGCAUGCAUCAGGGUUGAAGUCUGCUGUGGAUGACGUCUUCACCAACCCUGCCAGCAUCGAUGCGCGCGGCUACAUGACCUUGCGCUGCUUCCACGCGCAUGACUGCCAGCACUGUCCUGUAAACCUGUGCAAGAGGAGGGUGCUGCAUGAUUUCAAAGAGAAGCAAGCUAAGGCUGGUGUGCAUUACGAGAGGAUUUGCUAUAUAGGAGAUGGAGGAAAUGACUUUUGCCCCAUUAAAGAAUUGAAAGAAGGGGAUAUUGCAAUGCCUAGGAAAGGAUUCACCCUUGAGAAACUGUUGUGCAAAGCCCUUUCAGAAGGUUCAGAAUCACUCCCGGCGAAAAUCAUGCCCUGGGCUAGUGGCAAUGAAAUCCUCAGGGAACUAAGAGCUCUGAUUGAGUAAUGUAGUAUUGUAACCAGUAUUGUAACUAACUUCAGUCUCACUGAACUAAAUGAAUAGCACGUUUAUUCUGCAGUAAGUGCAUUAUGUGCAUCCUACUAUAGCUCACUUCCCCCUUGGACUACUUGAUAAACUAAUUUGGGCAUGGUGUAAUAUCUGUCACAAUUAAGUUUACGUUUUGGUAGCGGUGCACAUUUUAAAAUGUAAUUUUUUAGCAGAUUUACAUCUAAUUGUCAUUGAGAUUUAAAUCAUAAAAUAAGCUCACUCUUUGGAUUUAUAUAACAAAUAAUUUAACAGUUUGAGGUGCUUAAUAUUGAAUUCAUUGAGGUUUGCUGCAGAACGUUAAAAUGAACAAAUGUAAAUGUGUUAACAUGCUAGCUAAAUAUUUAUUCCAAAAUAUGCAUGAUGAAAAAUACUAUGCCAAUAAAUACAAUUAUGGUCAUGAAUUAAUGCAGCCUGAAUGGGAAACUGCAGUUUGGUACGACUAUAUAGUUUAAUAUUUCAAUGCAGAAGAUAGAAAAAUGGAUCAUAUUAGUAUUAAUGCCAACCCUAAUCUUCUUGUUAGUACCAUAUAUAUAGUGGACCCCAAAAGUCUCCAAGACUUUUUAUUUUAGAAUUAUAUAUUUAAAAAAUUAUAUAUAUUAUUGAUAUUUAAAAAUUACAAAUAAACAAGAUAAAAGUAGUUGCAUAAGAAAAUUUACCUUACAAAUUGUCAGAAAUUGAAAAUUAAUUUCCUAUUAAUUUUUCUGGCAUUAUUAUUACUGAAGCACUUACAUUUUUUAUUUAUUUUCAGAUUGUCAGUUUGGUCUCAGACUUUUGGACUGGACAGUUUGUUUCAGUGAUGUUUCUAAAGAGUCCUGGUAACAGCAGUUUGGGAUGACUUUAUAUCAACAGUUUUGUGAAUGUUUGUUUCUGAAUGAGCUUGAUGGGCAUUAUACAUGCAGCCUGAGUCUUGAUUCGGACUAUUGUAUUGAAAGCAGAUGGAUGAAAGGAGAACAAAGACUCUAGUACUGGUUUAUAAAUGCCAGAGAAGCUUGCAUGUCAGAAAAGUUAUAUUCUCCUCAACUCAGACCUUGUUCCUGUUAAUAUUUACAACAAAUAUUGUGUCCUUUGUACUUGUGUCACACAGUCCAUUCACAUGUUUAGUGUCUGAUUAUAAAGGAAUAAAUGAAUUACCCAGCCUAA